AAGGCUCCUGGAGAAGCGGGCGUUUCAUGAUGUUUUGGAAGAAAGACUGGGGAUCGGACAUAGUAGUAGAGAAGAGGAUCCACGACCCAGAGGAAAAGGCCUUGUUCCAGUGCCAUCGCGCCGCGCAGCCUGCGGACAUUGUAGGAGGGACCAACGCCGUCCGGAACCCGCCCAACCCAGCCUCCGGCAUCUCCAUGGCAACAACCUCCGCACAUGCGCCGUGAGCACCGGCGCCAGAGCUGGCAGCGCGCGCCGAAGCCGGACGCAGGCGGGGCGGAAGCGGGCCGGGUGGGCUGGGGCGGCGGGAGCGCGGGUGGGCGUUUAAAGGAGCCUUCGGCACCCGGUUCGGUUCGCCGCCGGGACUGCUGAUGGCGAGGGCUAGAUGGCCCCGGGAGUCGGGAUCUAGAAGCAUUCUGCCACCUCCCUACCGCAUCGUGGUGCCCAGCCAUGGCCAGACCUCCCGUGCCCGGUUCGGUGGUUGUCCCAAACUGGCACGAGAGUGCCGAGGGCAAGGAGUACCUGGCUUGCAUUCUGCGCAAGAACCGGCGGCGGGUGUUUGGGCUGCUUGAGCGGCCAGUGCUGCCACCGCCUGUGUCCAUUGACACUGCCAGCUACAAGAUCUUCGUGUCCGGGAAGAGUGGUGUGGGCAAGACGGCACUGGUGGCCAAGCUGGCUGGCCUGGAGGUGCCUGUGGUACACCACGAGACCCCCGGCAUCCAGACCACCGUGGUAUUUUGGCCAGCCAAGCUGCAGGCCAGCGACCGUGUCGUCAUGUUUCGUUUCGAGUUCUGGGACUGUGGAGAGUCUGCGCUCAAAAAGUUCGAUCACAUGCUGCCGGCUUGCAAGGAGAACACGGAUGCCUUCCUCUUCCUUUUCUCCUUCACUGACCGUGCCUCCUUUGAAGACCUCCCUGGACAGCUGGCCCGCAUAGCAGGUGAGGCCCCUGGUGUCAUCAGGAUGGUCAUCGGCUCCAAAUUUGACCAGUACAUGCACACGGACGUGCCCGAGCGGGACCUCAUAGCCUUCCGGCAGGCCUGGGAGCUGCCCCUGCUACGGGUGAAGAGUGUGCCAGGGCGGCGGCUGGCUGAUGGGCGCACACUGGACGGGCGGGCUGGGCUGGCUGACAUUGCUCACGUACUCAACGGCCUCGCUGAGCAGCUGUGGCACCAAGACCUGGUGGCGGCUGGCCUGCUUCCCAGCCCCCCAGAGAGUGCUCCUGGAUGAAUCAUGAGUGGGUGCCUAUGAUCCCGCCCCCAACCCUCAGGUCUUGACACAGGGCAUGAGGCUGGGGCAAGAGCAUGGAUCCCGUCUGGAGGACUGGGCAGCUUGGCCUGGUCAGGGAGGACAUGGCUGGAGAAGCCCCGCCAACAGCACUUUCCUUGCAGAAUUCAUGGCAUGGAGAUGGGGACCAAGAUCCUGAGCUCGGACAUCUUUCAUGGCCUUCCCCCUUUGGCAGCACCCAUGGCGGGUGAUGGGGAGAUGGGGUACCUCUCAAGUGACUUCAAUCAAGAACCUGUAUUGGUUGAGGUGACACCAUCUGUUGUAACAGAUAAACACCGAAAUCCCAGUGCUGAACUCCA